AUGGAUGUAGCAAACCAAUCUACGGUUUCUGAGUUUGUGUUGAUGGGACUCACCAAUUCUUGGGUGAUGAAACUCAUUCUCUUUGUAUUUUCCUCUGCGUUCUGUUUGGCAGGUAUACUGGGGAAUACUCUGAUUGUGCUCACAGUGGCCUCUGACUCUCUCUUACAAUCCCCCAUGUACUUCCUGCUGGCCCACCUCUCCUUCAUUGACAUAAUUGAUUCCUGCAUUGGAACUCCCAGGAUGAUUAUUGACCUUUUUAAGAAGGAGAAACUCAUUUCUUUUGAAGGUUGUGUUUCUCAGAUCUUCUUUAUUCAUGCUGUUGGAGCUACUGAAAUGGUGCUUCUCAUAGCUAUGGCCUUUGACCGCUACAUUGCAAUAUGUAAGCCUCUCCAUUACCUGACUAUUAUGAACUUAAGAGUGUGCAUUUCUAUUCUAGUAACUUCUUGGACAAUUGGAAUCACUCACUCCUUCCUCCAACUGGCCUUUGUAAUAAAGUUACCCUUCUGUGGCCCUAACAAAUUAGAUAGCUUUUACUGUGACCUACCUCAGUUCAUUAGACUUGCCUGCACAGACACUUACAGACUGCAGUUCCUGAUUACUGCCAAUAGUGGGUUCAUCUCUCUGGGAGCCUUCUUCAUUUUGAUCAUUUCCUACAUUGUCAUCCUGAUCACUGUCCGGCAGCACUCUUCUGGGGCUUCAUCCAAGGCCCUCUCUACACUGUCAGCUCACAUCUUGGUGGUGAUCUUGUUCUUUGGUCCAUGCAUCUUUGUCUAUGUGUGGCCAUUCCCCACAUUUCCAGUGGACAAAUACCUUGCCCUUUUUGACUCAAUUAUCACUCCUUUUCUGAACCCCACCAUCUACACAUUAAGGAACAAAGAGAUGAAGAUGGCCAUGGGGAAAUUAUGCAGAAAAUUAUCCCACAACAAGGAAUAUAAAGAAAAGAAAUCAUUUCAACAAAGCUAA